AUGCGUCUCACACUCCUCAGCAAGGGUGCCAUCAUCGGCCUAGCCGCAGCAGCACCACUGAUCUUUCGCAAUAAGGAUGUCACUGGCAUCGGAAGGGCAACGAACGAGCUUCCUCCUGCAUAUCAAAUUCCCGCUCAAGUCGAAAUCCUGAACAAACGCGACUGCACGCAAAAGGUAGAAUUCAAACAGGAGAGGAAGAAAGUCGAGAAGUGCGCAGACAUUUUCUACGACCUGGGUCUAAACAUGAAGCACAACGGCAACCCACCUAACAAUGCUCAUCGGACCUGGUUUGAUGUAGAAGCUCCCAUGGAUGUUGAACCCUCUUCCCAUAAAUUUAUCGAGAUCAGAGAUUGUUUGAAAUGUGCAGACUCUUCUGUUCUACGGGAAUGGACCAACAAGUUUCUUCCACAGGAUUACAUCGAUCGUGUCCAUGCGAUGAACGAUGAGGAGCUCCUGAAAGCUGCGGCUGAGUUGACGCCGAGCGACAUUCAGAACUGGGUUUGGAAUUCCAGAGACGUGUGGACCCGAGAUUUGGCUGUGGACUGCAACGGAAUUGAUGCUCACUGCCGUAUCAAGCAUAUAAAUGGGACAACAUUUCCCUCUCACCGACAACACAAGAAUCCGACGCACGAAGAGCACACUCCUCACCAACUCAAGAAACCUGAACUCAAGCCUCACUUCACCAACCAAACCAAGCAUGAGCCUGCAGUGCAUUAUCUUCUGAAGCCAGGCUCUAAGCCCCACUACCUCAACCAUACUACACACGCAGACCAUGAGUCGAAGAUCAAGCACCUCAACCGCCUCCACUCUCGUUCCAACGUUACUGCGUUCGGCAACAUGACUGCCACCUCCAAUAUGACCGAAGUCUCCAGCAAGACCGAAUGUGCACCAUACGUGAGACAGUUUCUCCAUAAUCUCGUUCACCUAGCUAUGAGCCUGGCGACUCGGAACGCGACCGAAGAAGACGCCCAACUCAUUGCCGUAAAGUUCGAAGAGAUUGUACAUAAGUACGCCACCGCUAGGGACGGACUCGCUUCUAGUAAUGGAACUUCCAACGAGCACCUGGAUGUUGCAGGCAUCACUGAUGUAUCUAACAACAUGGAAGGAGCUGAGACCAAUGAGGAUGAUGAAGACGAUGACGAAGAGGAGGCUGAGGAUGAGGGCAAAGACGAUGUCUCUAGUUCGGUCAUGUGGAAUCGCCGCAUCAUUGAAAACGCGACGAAGCUGCUUGGAGCUUUGAAGGAAGGCCUGGAUCAGAUCGACAGCACUGAGGUUGCUGAAGAUGGCAAGACUGAUCUCCCUACCUCCUUGUGGGGCAAAGAGCUGAUGAAGAUGUUACUUUCGAAGAAGGCCCAAUAUCAAACCAACGACACCGAGGUUGCUGCUCCUAUCACUGACCAGACUUCUAAGAAGUUACCUGGUGCAUUGCCCUCUGAGGUCAUUGCCAACCUCACUCGCAAUCAUGCUUAGAGUAGUUCACGAAAACUGUUUGCCGAUAUCCG